CAGGCAGAAAUGGCAACUGAUGAGUUUCCAUUCGCUCUCUAUGUGGAGGGCCAGUGGGACCCCCGCACUUCCAAACUAAAAAACAAACUUAUCAUCUAUUUCCAGAGUAAGAAAUCCGACGGAGGCGACUGUGAGGUGGAGUACCCUGUUUCUGGCGGACAGACAGCAACUGUUCGGUUCAAAUCAAAGGAAGUGAGACAGCGGGUUCUAAACAAACAGACGCAUGAGCUCAACAUUGGUCAAAAAACAGUGAAAAUCACUGUGAAUCUUCCGCCAUCAGAGGUCUCUGUUCCUCAGGAAUCGACCUCUUCGACCAGCAUCAUCACAGCGGGUGAACCACAGAGAGAAGAAGAAAAAGAGGAGAAGGUUGAGCCACUUGAGGAAACGGAAGAAGAUACAACCCCUAGAUCAGCUGUAAUUGAAAACAUUCAAAACAUCAAAACAGUGUUUCUGACAAUGCUGGUGGAAAAUAUCCUGAAAGGAUCUUCUGCUGAGUCAAAAGACUUCAACAUCGAAACAUCGAAAUAGAGUAACUGUGCUGUAGUGGCAUUUUCCAAUAGCAAGUAUGCAGAACAUUUCUUUGUAUCCUCUCCAAGCAAUGGAAUAAUUAAGAAGAAAAACAUGAAAGUCCGAUUGCUUGAGAUGACUUCAAAAGUGAAAGCUGAAGGCUUACCUCCAAACUCAAACUCUGACUUAGUCAUGCUGUAUUUUGACAAAUUUGGAGAAGUAGAGGAUGAUGGGGUAACAUUUGAAAUAGAUCAGUCAGCAAUAAUAACUUUUACAAAUCUUGAAGAUGUGCAAAGAGUCCUCAAAGAGCAACAUCAGCUUAAAAAGCAGCCUUUCAGAGUACUGCCGUACUAUGAAACACUACAAACAGCUCUAUAUGGUAAAGACAGACCCCCCCUGAGACUUCCAGAGGCAUUUAUUGAGAAGAUUGAUAGAGCUGUAUGGCACCACUUAAAGGAAAACAAAAAAUCUAUGGAUUAUAUCAAGCAAGCUAUCUCCAGUCAUUUUUGUGAGAUGGAUUUUCAGUCCUCAGCAGUGAAGAUCAGUCCUUCUCAAUCCCUACUUAACAAUGGUGUGCAGACAAGAAAACUCAUUCAGACAUGGAGAGAAAAUGCCCUCUCUGUGUUUUUAUCAUUAACAUCUGAGUUUAAAUCCACUGAGUUCUGCAUUCAGAAGGAUGCGUGGACAGAGAUACAAACUGAAAUCCAAAAAGAAGUAGUGGGAGAGGCUGUCACACUGGUUCCCAAUGUGGAUGAAGGAACAAUAACUGUAGCCGGCCUGAAAGAAGAUAUGAACAGGAUUGAGGGAAUUCUGACAGAAACUGUUGAGAGAGUCACCCAAAGAAUCCAAAGGGAGAAGGGCAGUGAGACGGGUGAAACCAGUAUGACUCCAUCCAUUUACAAUCUCGUUCUCCGUGAUGGUUUGGAGCAGCAAAUUUGUGACAAAUUUCCAGAAAUUAACAUCACAUACCAUGUGCACAGCCGAAAGUUAACUUUUUACGGUCUGAAACAUGAGGUGCUGGAAACAAAGAAUAAGAUACUGCAGGCUGUUCUUAAUUUGAUUCAUAAACCAAUUGAGCUCCACCAAUCUGUUUUAGAUUUUCUGCUCACCAAGGAUGUAGAGGAAAUGACCAACAAUUUGUUUUUAAACAAAGGAAUCAAUGUGGCAUUAGAAGCUGAUGGAAAGAGAGUUUUGCUUGUUGGGAAAACAGACAAUGCCUUGAGUGUUGGUGAGAAGCAAUUGCAGACAGAUCUGAGUCAUCUAAACUUCAGUGUAGAAGAUCCCAGUGUUCUAGGAAGAUCAGACUGGCAUGACCUAGUCUCUCACAUAAAAAACACUGUCACAAAUGUCACAGUACAGACAACUGUCAACCAGGUGGUGGUUUCUGGCUUUGUAGAUUCCAUUACCGAUGUUGAACAAGAGUUACAUAACUUUGUUCAGGAAAACUCUCAAUUUGAGAAAACUCUGAAGUCUCACAAGACUGUUGUCACAUACAUAAAGAAUCAUAAAAAGCAGGAUUGGUUUGAAGAGGUGAAAGGUAAUGUGAAUGUAAACUUCAAAGGUGAAGACAUUGUGAUCAGUGGCUCAAGGCUUCAUGUCUCUAAGUGUGUGCUUCUGUUUGAGGACUUGCUUAGAUCUGUGCAUAACUGCACCAUGAAAAUAGUUAAACCAGGGGCAAAGAAGUUUUUCAAGGAGAAAGAGUUAAUGUGUGUUACAUAUGUCCAGACAAAUAUGAAUUGUUUGGUUCAGUUACUAGAUGAGUAUGACCACCCACAUGACACAGUUCAAUCACUGAUAAUAAAACCUGUUUAUCAUUAUAAAACACAUGAAGGAAUGGAGAUUACAGUAAACAAAGCUGACAUGUGCUCGUUUCAAGUGGAUGCAGUGGUCGGUGGAUGCAAAGAGAACCUCCUACUGGAUGGAGGUUUAGUCAAGGUCCUCUCAGAUGCUGCUGGUCCUAAACUUCAGAAUGACUGCAACCAGACUGUCAAAAAACGGAAGUUGACAACAGGUGAUGCUGUUCUCCUCGAUGCAGGAGGGCGGCUGCGAUGCAAACAUGUCAUCUUAGCAAUAGGACCUAAUUAUAAUAUUAACAAACCUCAGGAGUCUGAAAAGCUCUUGAAAAAAACUGUGAAAAAGAGUCUGAAUUUGGCAGAUCAAGAAAGCUUCCAGUCUUUGGCAAUCCCAGCCAUUGGCUCUGGUGUAGCUGGUGGUGGUUUCCCACUGGACUUUUGUGCAGACACCAUUGUGAAAGCUAUAAAAGAGUUCUGUGAUUUUGUUGAAGAGGACAAUACACUGAACAAGAUUCACCUAGUUGACAAUAAUGAUAAGACAGUUCAAGCUUUAGAAGCAGCAGUGAAGAAGGUUUAUGGGGCCAGUGCGCAUACCCACAGCAUGGCAUCUGGAAGCAGUUCAAGCAGCCAGCAGCAAAAUCAAAACCAUGCAAGUUCUUCUCCAAGCCAACACCAGACUGCCACACUCUUUCAAGGAGCAUCACAAAGUUUUCAGACAAAAGAAGGUUUAACCAUCACCCUUAUGAAAGGAAACAUUGAGGACACAACAAUGGACGUCGUUGUGAACACUCUCAGCAGUGACCUAAAUCUCAGCGUGGGAGCUAUUUCAAAUGCCCUUCUCAAAGCAGCUGGUCCUCAGCUUCAGGUUCUGCUCAAUCAGCAAGUCACAGGCUCUGCCAAUAUUGGAGCAGUCUUUGAAACAGCAGGUGCAAACCUGAAGAGCAAACUGGUGUUCCAUGCUGUUGUACCACACUGGAAUCAGGGACAAGGAAAUGAGCAGAAGGUGCUGGAGGAUAUCAUGGAUAAGUGUUUGAGUCUGGCAGAGCAACGUCAGCAGAGCUCCAUUUUAUUCUCUGCCAUUGGCACAGGAAACCUGGGGUUUCCAAAGCCACUGGUGGUCUGCACUAUGCUGGACUCAGCCUUCAAGUUUAGCAGUAAAAGAAGUUCAAAGCAUGUGAAGGAAGUGGUAUUUGUUCUUCACCCCAAAGAUACACAAACCAUUCAGGUACAAGAUGUAUGAUGUCAUAUCAGUCUUUUUUUAG